GCCGUUGUUGUUUGUUGGGUGAUCAUUGCUGCCACUGGAAUCACGAACCGGAAAGGAGAGGAGGCCGUUUUCUGUUGUCGCUGGUGCUGCCAUAGGACGGUUGAAGCCAUUGCUGAUUAUGAUUUUGUUAUCUGGGGCUGAAAAUUGCUUUUGAUUCCUACUCAAUUUAAAUCCUCUAUUUUACUGCAACCAUGGUCAAAGUUGCGAAGGCUGGUAUUGUUGCCGUUCUGGUUGUGUGAGAGUUACCGCUGCUGCCCUGACACUAAAAGAGAAGGUAUUUGUUACGUUAAAGUAUGCGAUUGCGACAUCGAGUUGCUCAAUGUUCCAAAUCCUGCUGUUCUUGACAUUCCUGUUUGUGCAUUGGGGGGUGGAUAUUGGAAUUGCCUAAAGACUAGAUAGGUAUAUCCAUGAUGAGGAAGGAAGUUGAGAACGAUGAGUCUAUAAAAGAAUCUUCAACUCUUAGAAAAAUAUUGGCCGUGAACUUCAACUUCCUGCACAUGUUAGUUGGAGAUGAUCUCUUGAUGUUUAAUGCAAAACGCAUUGAGAGAGUAGUACUAGAGUAUGCAGGUAACGCUCUUUUUCUUAAGAGCAAAGUCCAAAAACAGCCAAUUAGACAGAACCCAGAAGUUACUCUUUGCUGUGAUGUACGCUGUAAGAUUGUAGGAAGAAGUGAAGAACCCAAUGUCUACAUAAGCAAUGAACAAACCACUGCGGCUGCAACGCUUUCCUUCAUUCAAACUUCAAUUUCAUGGAAACAUAAUUUCUGCCUUCCUGUUCUUGUCCCCAGUAGAGAUCCAAAAUCCUGUGAAUCACGUAAUCCAAUGUGCUCGAAGCCUACACCAGCCUUCAAAAAGUCGCAAAGAGUUGAGAGGCAAAUUUGGUCUUGUUGCCUUUUUUUUUUUUUGCUUCUUCAAUUGUGCAGCAGUUUUUGGGUUCAGAGAUAAAAUACUUUUGGGUAAGUUAAGUAAGACCACUACUUGUUUAUUUUUUAUAUGAAUUAUUCUUUUGUUUUCUUUUGUGUGGGUUUAUAAAUUUUACCUUUUUAUGAUAUGUGAAAGUUUAUAUGUGUGUAAAAAUAAGUUAAUGUAUUUAUAGGGUGCAAUUGUAUUCACUGGUUUAUUGUUUUUUUUUUUUUUCUGGUUUUCUGAUUUUAUGGUAUUUUAUCUUCUUGAUUAUUUACUUUCUAAAUACAUAUUUUGUUUACCUCUCUUAUGAAAUAAAAUUAGUAAGAAACUUA